AGCUCCUUUGCGUGGCCGUUGAUGGAUAUAUAGGCUUGCGGCUCUGCCUCAUCUUCCUUCUCAAACUCCUCUAUCUCGCUACUCUGGCACCCGGACGAAUUUCUUUACGAAUCUUGCACGACUACACGGCUUCCACGACAUACAAUGACUGGCACCAUGUUGAGUCUUUCCGAAGCCGACAACCUGAUCCCUAGCAGCGGGAGACAGAUGCUCGAUCAUGUCAACCGCCUGCACAGCACUGGCGUGCAGAUCGACAUCGAUCUCCCCCAAAUUGCCGUUGUCGGUACACAAAGCGUCGGAAAGACCUCCCUCAUUGAGUCCAUCACCGGCAUCUCUCUCCCUCGCGAGAGCGGGACAUGUACUCGCUGCCCCAUCGAGUGCCGCCUCGCGCACUCCGAUGCCAAUUGGUCCUGUGUUGUCUCCCUCCGCAUAACCGAGCACGGUCAAGCGCGCAACAUCCCCUUCGGCGACAUCAUCCUCGACCCCAAAGACGUCGAGAAGCGUGUCCGUAAGGCGCAAAAGGCCAUUCUCAACCCCUCGCAGCCAGUCACGGCCUUCUUGAAUGAGGAUGCAGACCUGAAGGCCGUCAAUGAGGAGCGCUUCUCAAGCAAUACAAUUUGCUUGCAGAUCACCGGGCCUAACUUGACUGAUCUGUCGUUCUGCGACUUGCCCGGCCUUAUCGCGAGCGUCUCCAUGGAUGGCGACGCGCAGGACAUCAAGCUCGUUGAUGAUCUCGUCCGCAGCUAUAUAAUGAAGCCGAGCUGCAUUAUUCUACUCGCCGUCAGCUGCGAGACUGACUUCGAGAACCAAAAAGCGCACCAACUUGUCCACGAAGUUGACCCCGAGCGCGCUAGAACUAUCGGCGUUCUCACCAAACCCGACCGCAUCCAAAAACUCGAGGAAGGCCAAUGGCUCCGCCUCCUCCGCAACGAAAAGGAGGAGCUUGCCUACGGCUGGUACGUUGUCAAGCUGCCCACGUCCGCUGACAUGCGCGAGGGCAUCACCUGGGCAGAGGCGCGCGCCGACGAGACGCGCUUCUUUGACAACACGUAUCCGUGGCCGGACGAAGCGUCGACGCACCUCGGGACGCCGAAUCUGAUUGUGCAGCUGGAGGCGGUGCUGAGUGGGCUCAUCAUAAAGCGACUUCCCGAAAUCGAGAAAGAGCUCUCCGAGUCCAUCUCUCGCACCCAGCGUCGCCUCGCCGACCUCCCGCCGCCGCCACCCGAGCACCCCUUCCUCGAGAUCAACCACCAACUCGGCGCAUUCUGCGCGGAGGUCCAAUCGUGCGUCGACGGCAAGAGCUCGCCCGCAGGCGAGAUCGCGCUACAGCAAACGAUCCGUCCGCGCUUUCAAAGGUUCAAGUCGUGCUUGCUGAAGACGGCACCGCGAUUCUUGCCGUGGGAUCGCGCGGGUGCGGCGGGGCAUGAGUUAAAAGCGCCCGAGUUCACUCACUUUGAGGAUGGAGGGGAGAGUUUUACGGUCUCUCCCACCACCCACUUCUCCUUCAACCCGCCCAACCAGCAGGUCGAGCGCCUCGCCCGGCCCGUCUACCUCGACGAGGUCUAUACGAAAGCCCAAGAGGAGCGCAUCCGCGAACUCCCCGGCAUGAUGUCCUUCGACGUCUACAUGCACUAUAUCAAUGAGUUCCUCGCCGGCUGGCCGGACCCUACGCACGAGCUGGCUCAAGAAGUCGCUGCGGACGUCUCGCGCAUUGUGCGCAAGCUCGUGAAGCAACGAUUCGCGGGCGUUGGACAUGGCGCGCUGCAGUAUAGGGUGGGGAAUGUCAUGCAGGAAACGGUCAAGAAGCGCUCUGCGGAGACGCUCGAAGCCCUCAACGAGCUCCUCGAGCGCGCGAAGACGCCUCACACGUUGCUAGAGGCGCAGUACACCUUCUAUCGCGAGGGACUCGAGCAAUACUAUCGCCAAGCGUACGAGAGCCCUCCGGAUCCCACUCUCGCUCUUACUGUACCCGCCCCCGCGCCCGCGGCGUCGAUGCCCACGCCAAUAUCUGGUUCUGCGACGCCAGCUUCUCAGCCUCCGCCUGCCUUUCCACCGACUGCAAACAGCGGCUUCACCUUCGGCAAGCCCAAGCCCAACGACUCGACCUCGAAAGAGGUCGCGGACGCCGGAAAGCAGGCGGCCUCGAAGGGUACCUUCGGCAGCGCGUCGACCCCAGUGGUAAAGCUACCCGCUGAGAAGCCAGCGAGCGGAUUCUUCGGAUCGACAUCGAGUGCUACAAGUGGCUCGACGCCUUCGCCCUUCGGAAAUACGAGCUCGGCGUUCAAGAUGGCUUCUAUGAGCCCGGGACCUUUCGGCGGGCCCACCGGAAGUACGAGUCCGGCACCCUCUACUCCUGCGCCCUCCGCGCCUACGCUGGCACCUAAUGUUCUCUCUGCGGAGAUGUCGACGGCGCUGGGCGUGAUGGCGCAUGUGCGGGCGUACUUCGAGAUUGCUUACAAGCGCUACCUCGACAACGUCCACGAGAUCGUCGACUACAAGCUCGUACGCGGCGUCGCACGCGAGCUUCUGCCCUCGCUCUGCCGCGGGCUCGGAAUCGAUGGUCGCGACGCACAGAAGGUAUGCGCAAGCUUGACAGCCGAGCGCGAGGACGUACGCGUGCGUCGGGAGGAGCUGCGCAAGAAGCUCGAGCGGCUAGAGGCGGCGAGCCAGGAGCUCGCGGCCUACCGUUGAGCGUUAGGGGGGUGGACCCAUCAGGUGUGGGAAGAUACUAGGGGGUACAUAUACUACAAGGAUAAUUUAGCUCAUAUUUCUUGGAUAUUCACGUUUUUGAAGCCAUGAGCACGGGGA